AUGGGACGGUUAGGGGGCCUGUCGCCGAGCGGAAGUAUUGCGAUCGGAGUCUUUGUUGGCUUGAUAUCGACAAGCCUCCAGGCCAUUGGCCUGACCCUCCAACGCAAGUCGCAUCUCCUGGAGGAUGAAAAACGACCGUAUGAUUUGCGCCGGCCCCCAUACAAACGGAGACGAUGGCAGUUGGGAAUGCUCAUGUUCGUCGUCUCCAACAUUGUCGGUAGCACGAUACAAAUCACAACCCUUCCUUUACCGGUGCUGUCGACUCUACAAGCCUCUGGACUUGUCUUCAAUACGAUAUUUGCAGCCUUGAUCCUACGAGAGCCAUUUACCCGCUGCUCGAUUUUCGGCACGAUCCUCGUCUGCCUCGGAGCCAUUUUGAUCGGCACAUUCGGAGCGAUUGGAGAGCCUGCGCAUACUCUAAACCAAUUACUGGUCCUUCUUGGCCGCCCUCCAUUCUUGGUGUGGAUGGCUGGAACAACCGGGGUUGUAGUGCUGACCAUUCUGGCCGCUCGCCUGCUUAAGCUGGUAUCCACGCCUGGCAGAACCCGAGAGUGGAUGAUACAACACUGCAUAACCAUCCCAUGCACGCCGUCUUUCUAUGGCCACAAUAGUCCACGCAUUAAAAUGAUGCGGGGCAUGAUGUACGGAUCUGUCAGUGGGAUUCUGUCUGCGCACUCUCUCCUGGUCGCCAAAUCCGCCGUCGAGCUGAUUGUGCGCACCAUAAUAGACCGCGUGAACCAGUUCAACCGCUGGCAGUCAUGGAUCAUCCUUCUAGGCUUGAUUGCACUUGCUCUCACGCAGCUGUAUUAUAUGCACUCUGGCCUCAAGCUGUGUAGUACCAGCAUUCUCUAUCCCUAUGUUUUCUGCAUAUACAACGUCAUCGCUAUUCUAGAUGGAUUGAUAUACUUUGAUCAAGGCUCACGGCUUUCGCGCUUAUAUGCCGGUCUAAUAGCCCUAGGUACCAUAAUACUCUUAUCCGGCGUUCUCUGUUUAUCCUGGAGGUUAGAAGAUGCCACUGCUCACCCGAACAACGUGCCAGCGGGUCCAACACCAACCCCGCUAGCCCCCGGACUAGGCCCGCUCGAAGAACAACUCACCCCACCAGAAUACUUCUACUAUCCCGACGACGAAGAAACAGCCUUAGGGGAACGACAACCCCUCCUCCAACAACAACAACAACAACAGCAACAACAACAGCAGCAGCAGCAGCAGCAGCAGCAGCAGCGGAAGCCUUCUCCCCUACCCCACUUCUACACACGCAGCUUAAGCCACCUCCCACUCCGACUCCGCAGAAGCACGCAACCCAGCCUCGAAACCGCCGAAAUCUGGGCUGACCUAGACGACUCCGGAGAGACCCUCGAUCCCGACCUAGCAACACCCACCUCACCUCUCCUCACAUUCACCUCCUUCCCCCACAGACACUACCGCAGCAAAAGCAGCACAAUCCCCUCCCUCUCCUACAACAACAACAACAACAGCAGCAGCAGCAGCAGCAGCAGCAGAAAGCGCUCAAUCGGCGUCUCCGGCUGCAGUGAGAAUAACCCUCCACUCACCAACGAUCCAUCCUCUCCAUCCCCGCCCCGACUAACAUUGAACAACCACCAACAACGACAAAUCCGCAGACUCCCCCGCGCAUCGUCGUGGACAUGGGACUUGUCCUCCCGACGUGUACGGUUCGCGGGCCGCGGAAGCCUGCGCAGUAGCAAUGGCGGCGGCCAGUGCACGCCAUCGCGACGACGAGUGUCUUCGCCGUUUAUCAGGGAUUAUAGAUGUGGAGCUGUGCAGAGGGAAGUCUGUAGUGCCGCUACUGCUGGCGCCGUUGGUGGUGUCGAUGGUGCCGGUACUUGUGCUGACUCCAACGCCCGUGCCCGUGCCCGUGCCCGUGAUCUUGGCGACGUCGGUGUUGAUCACGAUGGAAGAGAUCAUAGGCCUCAGCACCGAUCGCAAUUCACGGGUCCCUUGCGCUGGUUAGGGCAGUGGGUGGGGUCCCGGAGGCGGAGGACAGAAGAGGGGGGAAAUGGGAGGAUGAAAGAUUCCGAUGAUGACGGAGAUGGAGAGCGAGAGCGGGACCGAUAA